CAAUGCACAUGCCAUGGGUGUCUAUAUACACAUGUAAACAUGCACAUAUGAGUCCAGUGGAGACACAGCCACAUAACACACACUCCAGAGCUGUACCUGCAUACAUGUAACCCGAGUAUUCACACUCAUUUCCAUGCACAUGCAAAGCAGACCCACACGUACAUACGUCCACGCAAUGUCUGCCCGGACAACUGCGCCGCCAGCUUCAUGCACUAGCCCAGGGCCUCCGUCCCCUGAGCUAACCGUUUCCUGCUCUCCCUCUCCUAACAGCCAUGCUCAGCACACAGGCACCUUUCUUCUUCCCCACGGCCCCCUUCAUCCUCUUUGUCUUCACGGCUUCCACCGUAUUUCACCUUCAGCAGAGGCUAGUGAAGAUUCAGCCCACAUGGGAGUUACAGACGCUGGAGCCAGCAACCGAGGAAUCUCCCUCGAGCCCCCAGCGGAGCCCCCGGCCAAAGGGCAUGUGGACGAUCAAUGCCAUAGGCCGCCUGGGGAACCAGAUGGGGGAGUACGCCACCCUGUACGCCCUGGCCAAGAUGAAUGGGCGGCCGGCCUUCAUCCCGCCCCAGAUGCACAGCACGCUGGCCCCCAUCUUCAGAAUCACCCUCCCCGUCCUGCACGACACCACGGCCAGCAGGAUCCCCUGGCAGAACUACCCCCUGAACGACUGGAUGGAAGAGCGGUACCGACACAUCCCGGGGGAGUACGUGCGCCUCACCGGCUACCCCUGCUCGUGGACCUUCUACCACCACCUCCGCGCCGAGAUCCUCCAGGAGUUCACCCUGCACGACCACGUGCGUGAGGAGGCCCAGAAUUUUCUGCGGGGUCUGCAGGUGAAUGGGAGCCGGCCGAGCACCUACGUAGGGGUCCACGUGCGCCGGGGGGACUACGUCCACGUUAUGCCCAAUGUGUGGAAGGGCGUGGUGGCCGACCGGGGCUACCUGCAGCAGGCCCUGCACUGGUUCCGGGCUCGCUACCGCUCCCCCAUCUUCGUGGUCACCAGCAACGGCAUGGCCUGGUGUCGGGAAAAUAUUGAGGCCUCCCGUGGGGAUGUGGUCUUUGCCGGCAAUGGCAUUGAGGGCUCACCCGCCAAGGACUUUGCAUUGCUCACGCAAUGUAAUCACACCAUCAUGACCAUUGGGACGUUCGGGAUCUGGGCCGCCUACCUCGCAGGUGGAGAGACCAUCUACCUGGCCAAUUAUACCCUCCCAGACUCUCCCUUCCUCAAAGUCUUUAAGCCAGAGGCAGCCUUCCUGCCAGAUUGGACUGGGAUCGCGGCAGACCUGUCCCCACUCCUCAAGCACUGAUGUUAGCUGGUCCAUCAGCACUCCAUUCCCCUCUUCUGGAUCCCCCAAGAUCUGUUCCAAGGUAUGAGAAGCACAUUAUUACAUGUUCCAGAACACUGCCCUCUUGUACCAUAAU